UUUUGCUUCCCAAUGGCCAAACCCAACGCUCUCUCUCUGUACCAAAAGGUCGAACUUCAGAGUCCUUUGCAACGAGCUUUGGAUGCCACCAUUUUCUUCCUCCUGCUUGCUUUGCUCGGCUACCGGCUCCUUCUGGUGCGCACCCAUGGGCUCUGCUGGCUCUACGCCAUUGCCUUCCUCGGCGAGUCCUGGUUCGCUUUCUUCUGGGCUCUAACCGCCAAUCUCACUUGGACCCCCGUCCAGUACCAAACCUAUCCCCAACGCCUCCUCAAACGAGUGGAGGAGCUUCCUCGGGUGGACGUUUUCAUUACGACGGCGGAUCCGGGGCUGGAGCCGCCGAUAAUCACGAUAAACACGGUGCUGUCUUUGUUAGCGGUGGAAUAUCCGGCCAAUAAACUGGCUUGUUACGUCUCCGACGACGGCUGUUCGCCACUCACAUAUUAUUCACUGUCUGAAGCUCUUAAAUUUGCUAAAAUUUGGGUGCCGUUUUGCAAGAACUAUAGGGUCGAAGUUAGAGCUCCGUUUAGAUAUUUCUCGGACGACUUAUCCUCAGCUGGGUCGCCGGAGUUUCAAUACGAGUGGAGGAGAAUGAAGGACGCGUACGAAGUUCUGAACCAGAGGAUUGAGGACGCCGCCAAAAGCUUUACAUUCGGCGAUCUUGUGGGGGACCUCGCAGAUUUCUCCAAUACUAAACCAAAGAAUCAUGCUCCAAUAAUUAAGGUGAUAUGGGAGAACAAGGAAGGUAUUGAAGAUGGAUUGCCUCAUUUGAUCUAUGUAUCGAGAGAGAAGAGACCAAAUAUCACUCACCAUAACAAAGCUGGAGCUAUGAAUGUUUUGACAAGAGUAUCAGGAUUAAUGACAAAUGCUCCUUACAUAAUAAACUUAGACUGUGACAUGUUUGUGAAUAAUCCCGACGUUCUUUUACAAGCAAUGUGUCUCUUCAAAGAUCCAAUCAUCCAGGGAGAGUAUGCAUUUAUUCAGUUUCCUCAAUGCUUUUAUAAUGGUCUCCAAGAUGAUCCCUUUGCGAACCAAUGGAUUAUCAUGAUGCAGGUCAAGAUGCGUGGACUGGCAGGAAUCCAAGGGCCUGCAUAUAUGGGAACAGGAUGUAUUCAUAGAAGAAACGUGUUGUACGGUCAAUCACCUAAUGAAGCUAACAUUAAUGAGAAAUAUUACGAUGAUGAGUUAUAUAAAACAUUUGGGAUUUCAAAAGAUUUCGUAACCUCGGCUACUCGUGUUCUAAGAAGUGUCGAAGAUUAUCCAAAUUGUCUAGCCGACUCAAUCAAAGCAACACAUGAAGUUGCUACUGCUGAUUAUGAACACAAUUCUUGUUGGGGUUCCAAGGUGGGUUGGCAAUAUGGAUCAAUAGUGGAGGACGUUUUGACAGGGAUGUUGAUCCAUAAAAAGGGAUGGAAAUCUGCAUACCUUACACCAACACCGCCAGCCUUCCUCGGAUGUGCACCCUCAGGCGGCCCAAUUCCAUUAAGCCAUCAUAAGAGAGGAAUCACAGGGCUACUUGAAACCUUAAUUAGCAAAAACUCCCCCAUUGUCACUGCUCUCUCUGAUAAGCUCCAAUUUAGGCAACGUAUGUUCUAUCUAUGGAUAUACCUGGCCAGCGUUCAAGCUAUUCCAAGGAUAUGUUACGCUCUUCUCCCAGCAUUUUGUCUAAUAGCCAACUUUCAUUUUCUGCCCAAGGUACAGGAACCAGUAAUAUGCAUACCUCUGCUCCUUUCCGUCCUUUUCGUCCUAAGACAGAUGUUAGGGUACAUCGAAACCGACCAAUCCAUAAGAGCCUGGUGGAAUAACCAUAGAAUGGAUAUGAUUAAGUCAAUGUGUUCUUGCCUGCUUGGAGUUGUGGCUGUCCUUUUGAAGAUUUUAAGACUAUCAGAAACAACGUUUGAGGUAACAAAAAAGGAGUCGACUUCUUCUAGCAAUGAGACAGAGAGUAGUGAUAGAGAUUUGGGUCGGUUCACAUUUGAUGAGUCCCCAAUGUUUGUGCCAAUUACAACCGUUAUGAUGAUUCAACUAGCGGCACUUGCGAUCGGUUUCUUGGGAACACACCCAGACCGUCGAGAGUUUGGGGUGGGUGAGGUGACAUGCAGUGUGUGGUUGGUUUUGUGCUUCUGGCCAAUUUUGAAGGGGAUGUUUGCAAAGGGAAGCUAUGGGCUUCCAUGGUCCACACUAUUCAAAUCCAGUGCUUUGACUUUCUUGUUUGUAUACUUGUGCCGAGUGUCUACAAAGUGAAAUGAAUCUAAGGGGCUGUUCUAGUGUCUACUUGUAUCAAUACACAGCUUUAUUCAAUGAAUAAAACAGUCGA